UUCCAGCCGCCAGCUCCUUCCUCCCUGCUCCACGGCAGCAGCUGCCAGCGUGCAGGAAGCUGGGCCAGCAGCCAUGGCGCCUCCCUCUGCUCCACGGCCCAGCCAUGGUGGCCGCCGCGCUCUCUGCUCCUCCUUCGCACAGCAAGGCGCCCUGCGACGCCCUCAUUCCUGCCUGCCCCGCGCCCCUGUUGUCUCCUCCAAUGGAGCAUGGCGCAAGGUGCAGCCAUCUCUGGUUCGGCCGUAGCGUUACAGGCUCGGCCACCAUGGCGCCCUCCUCCCUGGCGCUCGCUCCCUUCAGGAGAACAGGCCGGCUCCUCAUCCCCUCCCCCUUCUUCUUCCUCUGCCCAACGCUCCCUCUUCUCCCCGGCAUUCAGAGCAGGGAGCUCGACGCCCCUAUGCAGCCCACACCUUCUUCCUCCCAUGGUCGAGCCCCCCCUGCACUUUCCCUUUCUUCAGCAUGGCGCCCCUAUUUCCCAGCCGUGCAGCUCCUUGCUGGUUCUCCACCCCGCCGGCAGCUUGGAGUCCGAGCAGGCACAGCAGGAGCCUAUCCCCAUGACGCCCAGCAGCUCUGCUGUCCCCUCCCCAUGACGCGACGUCUCUGCUCGGCUCCCUCUCCCGGCAGCAUAGCUCCUCGCAGCCGGAUUUCCCCCGCAGCCCCCAGCUCGAGCAGUGAGCUCGCCGUCGCCCAUGGCGCCCUUGUUUCCCUCCCCUAGCUGAGCGCCCCUUACUGUUCUCCUCAAAGCCCAUUGGCUGUUCGACAGAAUGCCUGUGGGAAAACAUCGUGUUGUGCGCAGCCCCAUCCGCGACACCGUCGAAACCCGUGGUGUGAAAACCCCGCUGCCCUUGCUGCUAUCGUAUUUUGUGCUCGGUAAAAAUUGUUGAACUGUUGUAUGUGUCUAAUCGCAGCUAGCCGUCAAUGCCAUCCGUCGCGCACGCGUGUUCGAGGCAAGGCCGGUCGGGUGAACCACAUGCAUGCCCAACUCAGAUCCGAUUCCGUUCAGGUUGAUUGAUUUAUAGUUUACAAUACGUAUGUUUUGGUUGAUGGUAGGCAGUGCAUGUAUGUGUGGAUGUGUAUAAAAUGUUUCGGUUAUGCGCAUUGGUAGGAUCGCGUUUGCGAUUGGAGAACAAGAGGUUAUUUGAGGUGUGCGAUUUGUAGUUAUUCUAAUUAUGUUUUGGUCGAUGGUGUGCAUGUGUGAUUAUUUGUGUGAAAAUACAUUUGUAUGGAUGGAAGCGUGUAGAGAGGAAAAUGAAGUAGAAAAGAACUCCGAUGUUUUUAUAUCUUGGUAGGAAGAAAAUAUGCAAUGCGUUGUUUGAUGCGAAAAACUAAGUUACAAAAUGCGGAUUAUGUUUUGGGAAAUGUAUCGAUAUGUGGUUAUG